GUGUUUAGUGUUAGAUCCACUUGUUUCCUUGCUUGUUGAGGGUUCUCAAUGCUAUUUUAGUCUUGAUCAUACUAAAAUAAAUCUCUAGGCAUUUCCUACCCACAAGGUAUAUGAUGAAAUGCCUAAACCAACUCUUCAAUGCUUUUAGUUUGCUUUACCUAAGGGAUUAGUUGCUAAAGGAGUUAAUAUUGCUAUUAGAUUUGUUCUCCAUGUUUGCUUUAGUAACAUUCAACCUAAGGGAUUAGAUGCUUGAGUUGCUUUAGCAAAAGAACAUUCAUCUAGGGAUAUAGCUUGUUUAGCUUAGUGUCUAGGCAUAAGGAAAAUGUUUGAUUGAUAGCUUGCCACCCUUAGAUUGGAUCUAUAUCACCCAAUAUCAAAUGCCUAGCCCCAUGAGUCCUCUUGCUUCAUAUUGAGAAAGAAAAAAUCAUUACUUUAUUGCAUUAGCUUAUUAGUUCUUAGUUCUUAGUUCAUACCAUCUUUAAAACCGGAUUGCACUUAGCUUAAGCAUGAACUUGCAUUCCCUUUACUUUAGAAUCACCUAGAAUUGGUUCGAGAAUCUUUUAUACUAUAACAUUUGAUUAAGAGCCUUGAAAACUCUUAACAUCACGUGCCCCACGGUUUGUAUGUUUUUUCAUAUCUCCAAAUUUUACAUACCUUCUAUACUAAAAGAGAAACAUUUUUAAGUUAUGACUUUGUAAUCAGUGAUGAAGUGUCAGCUCCACAGAGCUUCUCACAGUCUCAAAUUAAAAAACUUAGAUCUUACUAUGAAAUUGCAUUUUUUUGUUACAUUGGACCGCCCUUACAAUUAUUAAGCUUUCCAUAACAUUAUUAACUAAAAACGUGCAGCAAUAACUAACGUGCAUCAAUAAAUGAUUAUUAACAAACAAUUGACUUACCGAGUCAUCUUCACAAAAUAAUUUUACAGUUUAAAGUUUACAAAAGUUACCGUGCAUGCUUCGUUACUACAUACGUGUUUAUAUGUACCAUGUUCAUAGUCUUUCAGUUCACGAUGACGGUACAGUUUUGAUUGACUGCGAGUUUCUCAAUAAUUUUUAUAACAGUAUAUCAUGUUAAUAUCGCCGCCGUUUAUCAAAAAUGUUUCAUAAUUUUUAACCUUAAACAUAGUUAAGAUACAGCAACAAACAUAUACAGUGUUCGCCCUAGAAAAAUUCUCUCUGGCCCGAUUUCCAAGGUGCACCGCUCAGAUGAAUCUCCUCCGCUCCAACGCCGUCGUUCUUUCCCCUUCCCUCUGAAGCAGCUCCUCUCCCUCUCCAUGGUCCUGAUGGUGACUCCUUUUUCGUCACGGUUCAGACCUCCUCCAGAUCCACCUCCUCCAGAUCUGCCGCCGUGGUCGCUGUGUAAGUCUCGUCCGUUUAAAGCUCGCUUCCUCAUCGUCCCUCCAGAACCUCCAGACGUUCUCCUUCUCCUCGCUCCUCUCCUUCAAACCCUCGAAUCCUCCAUCAAUCCCGUCGUCUUCCUCCCUCGUUGCAGCUCUCCGGUUCCUGUUGAUGUAGCUUCUCCUCUGAGGUUCUUUGCAUCGACCAUUGGUUUAACCGGGACUGUUUUCGUGUCAUUUGGAGUGUGUGUUUCUACUGCUUGGUGCAGAUUUCAGCACAGUUCCACUUUUCAGCUCGAGCCACAGUUUAUCUUUGCAGAAACCUCCUCUCUCUUAGUCAAGCUUUCAAAAGGGACUGAUGCUUCUAAAAAUGGAGGUCUUGGAUGGUGUAUCCAUGGUAUGGAUAAAGCCCAUGACUCUCAAAGCUCUGCUAGGAUACUAUAUGUGGUCUCAACCCUUGCAGCCGAAGCUUUGACGUUGCAGGUGGCCCUUCCUUCAGCAUCAUCUGCUGGAUUUUCAAAGCUUCAAGAAAUUUGGGACUCUAUUGUCCUCUUCUCUGCCCUGCAUUCAGGGAUGGAUUUGAACGAGAUCGCAGGUUGUCUCCUUACAAACUUUGCCACUCUCUUCAAUCCUCUAUCAUUUAACUUUUAUCAGUGCACGGCAUUAUUUGACUGUUGCAAUUGCUAUGUGUGUUUUCUUCAGACUAUGUUUCUCUAUUACUCUAUUUUAAGAUAUGAAUGAAAGAAAUGUUUGACAAAAAAAAACAUAGUUAAGAUACAAUCUAUAACAUGUGUGAUUUACAUUUUUUAGUUUUUGUCAUAUAGUCAUUUAUUGGUUUUCUAAAGUCUAGUAAUGUUCAUUUUGUAAUUUUCUAAUGAUUUUUUUUUAUGUGUUAUAGUUUAUACAAUCGGGCUGCAGUAAUAAAUAUAAUAAAUAUAAAAGUCUUAUUAGACUUGGUAUGAUUUAUUUAUUUUGGUACUUUCUACACGCAAAACCCAUCCAACUUUGAAAGUAAAAAUUGACAUAUAAUUAAUUUAGAGUCCUGUCCAAGUAUAAGCAUUAAUAAAUAAUUAUUUCAAAUUAGAGGCAUUUAUGGUACUAGAUUAUUGUCCAAGUAUAGCAUUAAUAACUAAUAAAUCAGUAUUAGUGGCAUUUAUUUUACUUAGAUACAAAUGAUCAUAAAAUCAUAUAAAUAAUAAAUUUCAUUUAAUAUAUAUUCAGAUUAAAUAUAUCUAUAUAUAAUUGAAAUUAAACUGUAUACCAUAUAAAAGUACAUAAAUAUGUUAAGUUCAAAAUUUUCAUUGCAAAAGUACUAAGGCCUUAAUAUUUUAAUUUUGAAAUAUGCAUUGAAUUUUAAAAA